AUGCUUCAGGAAUUUGCUCGGAAAUAUAAAAACCUAGAGGACCUAGUUUGUCUGCGAGAUACACCAUGUCCAAACCAAUGGCCAGCCCAACCGUACAACCCUGAUGCUCCUCAUACUGCUCGGUCCUUGUUCCGACAUUUGGAGGAGGAGCACGGCUUCGUGGCUCCCGAAUGGUGUAUUCCUUGCAAAGUGGUGCACAGUAUACGACUCGGACUGAAAUUCACUACAAUACGGACCGUUCCAAUAACAGCGGCGGAGGCACUUACCGCUAUCGAUUUGAACGUGCUUGACGAUCCCGUGCUUCAGCAUCGUGGACGCAUGCGUCGCGCCCAAGCUUGCUUAUCUCAGCUGACGCAAGACUAUGCCCGGCUGAUUACAGCCACACAAUUGCCAAACACGAAAUCGGAUGAAUCAACUAAUCAAAUUGUACCAUCUACUUCCUCUUUAUGUCAUCUGUUGGAUACACUUUGGGUUCGGCCGGUGCGCUUGGUGUCCCGUAGUCAAUUGAAGGAGAGUAUUCCAUCCACAUUUUUAAAUGAUAAUAAUUCAGCUACUGCGCCAAGAGUGCGACCCGAUGAAGACACACAAAGCCUAUCGAAUGAGAUGCGUACCACCAAUAAAAAUGAGUUAUCAACAAUCCGAGAAGACAGCGAGACAGAUGAACGCACACUUCUU